UUGUCCCAUAAAAAAAUAUUUAUUUGACUUUUACAGAGUUUAAUUAAUUAAAAAGGUGUGAAAAAAAGGUUGAUUUUAGGAGACGGAGGAAUUACGCAAUCAGAGAGUCAUAUUUUGGAUUUAGAUUGAAUCCAAAGAUAAAAAGGGCUCCUCCGACGGGUUUUCUUUGAUCCACCCAUCUCUGCCCAUUGCUGCCCGCUUUUUUUUCUCACUGCCCGAAGAUAAAGAUUGGAUCCUUUUUUUUUCUUGCUCAUCAUCAAUCUGUCGUCUCAAGGAACUCUAAUAAACUGAGUGAUACAUACCAAAAACAGUCUCUUUGGAAUUGAAAGAGAAAACCAAAGGUAAUGAAGGGUGCUCAUAUGAAGACUCAUCUGGAACCCAGAAAACCGCCAUUAUCCAAACACCGCCCUCUCACUAUUCUCAGAAUCAUUAGGGGUGCAAUAUGUAUAACAAUCCUCCUCUCAACUGCACUCAUGUUCUUGAUAUACCUAACCCCAAUUGGCAUGAUCUUGCGCCACACCAGCAUUCACCAUUCUAGGAAACUCUCCUCUCUGGUUUUCGGCGUCUGGUUGGGACUAUGGCCCUACCUAUUCGAGAAGAUAAACAUGACGAAGGUUGUGUUUUACGGGGACAUUGUGCCCAGGGGAGAGCGCGCGCUGUUGAUCUCAAACCACAGGACGGAGGUGGACUGGAUGUACCUGUGGGACCUCGCGUCGCGCAAGGGGUGUUUGGGCCGUGUGAAGUACGUGCUGAAGAAGAGUUUGAUGAGAAUGCCGGUUUUCGGCUGGGGGUUUCGCGUCCUCGAGUUCAUCCCCUUGGAGAGGAAGUGGGAGGUGGACGGGCCCGUCUUGCGGUCCAUGCUUUCGAGCUUCGCCGAUCCGAACGAUCCACUGUGGCUCGUCGUUUUCCCCGAAGGAACCGAUUUCACUGAGCAGAAGUGCAUUAGAAGCCAGAAGUUUGCUUUAGAUAAUGGAUAUCCAGUGAUGAAGAAUGUGUUGCUCCCAAAGUCUAAGGGUUUCUUUGCUUGUUUGGAUGUACUUAGACAUUCUUUGGAUGCAGUUUAUGACAUAACAAUAGCAUACAAGAACCAGUGUCCAUCUCUGAUAGACAACAUCUUUGGAGUAGACCCAUCUGAAGUUCACAUGCAUCUCCGGCGCAUCCCGGCGGAGAAGAUGCCGGAAUCCGGCGACGAGGAGGACGUCACGGCUUGGCUGAUGGAAACUUUCCGGUCCAAAGACCAGUUGCUCUCAGAUUUCAUUGACAAUGGCUGCUUCCCUGACCCGGUCACAGAAGAGAAAAUCUCUACCCCAAAAUGCUUGGCUAACUUUGCAUUUGUCAUUGCCCUGACUGCCCUUCUCAUAUACCUUACAUUUUGUUCAUCCAUUUGGUUCAAAGGUUAUGCCCUUUUGUCAUGUCUAUAUCAAGCUUCUAUCACUUAUUUGGACUUCAAGCUUUGACUUUUUUACCCCUGCUACAAAUUAAUUGUGUUUAUAGUUUUUUGAAAGAUAUGUUAUUAAAGCACGUCUCUUGGU